AUGCGCUUGGGCUUUUCCUCCUGGCGCGAGCAAUUGGUGGAGGCUGUGCUGCCCAACGGAAGCUGUGAGGCAGCCAAAGAGGUCUCUUGGGCCGAAUUGGUGUUCCACGUCGUUUGCGUUCCGUGGAAGCUGUUCUUCGUGCCAAUUCCACCUACGGCCUUCCUCCGUGGUUGGGUUUGCUUCUUCUUCUCUUUGGGCUACAUCGCCUUUCUGACCGCCAUCAUCGGGGACAUGGCCGAGAUCUUCGGAUGCGUCCUGGAGAUCCCGGACUUGGUCACGGGAGUCAGCUUCGUGGCCUUAGGCACUUCCAUGCCAGAUCUCUUCGCUUCGCGCCAUGCCGCCGUCGAGGAUCCAACAGCUGAUGCUGCCAUCAUCAACGUGACAGGCAGCAACUCCGUGAAUGUGUUCCUCGGAAUAGGGAUCCCUUGGUCGGUCGGU